CAAAGUAAAGUAGCGAACUAACUUAGCAGCUAGCUAGCGCAGAGAAUAUAUAUAUCGAUCAUCGGCAGUAAUGGCGUCCUCAGUCCUCUCCUCCACCGCCAUUGCUAGCCGCGCCACCGCUGCCCAAGCCAACAUGGUCGCACCUUUCACCGGUCUCAAGUCCACCGCCUCAUUCCCCGUCACUAGGAAAUCCGCCGACUUUACUUCCAUAGCAACCAACGGCAGUAGAGUACAAUGCAUGCAGGUUUGGCCGCCGUACGGCAAGAAGAAGUUCGAGACCCUGUCAUACCUGCCUACAAUGAGCACUGAGCAAUUGCUCAAACAAGUGGAGUACCUGCUUAACAAUGGAUGGGUUCCUUGCUUGGAAUUCGAGACUGAGAAAGGAUUCGUAUACCGUGAAUGCCACAGUUCACCGGGAUACUACGACGGAAGAUACUGGACGAUGUGGAAGCUGCCGAUGUUCGGGUGCACGGAUGCGACCCAAGUGGUGGCGGAGCUGGAGGAGUGCAAAAAGGCAUACCCGGGUUCAUGGGUUAGAAUUCUCGGCUUCGAUAACGUGCGCCAAGUCCAGUGCAUCAUGUUCAUUGCAUACAAGCCCCAUGAUUAAUUAGAACAUCCAUUUCAUCAUCAAAUCAUCACAUAUAUAUUUAUAUGCAUUCCAUUUCCUGAUAUAUACGAUGUAUGAUUAUUGAAUGGUUACCAUAUAAAAGGAAAAUUCAUUCGGGAUGAUAAA